UACCCAUUGGAAAAGACGACUGGAACGAUAGCGUGGAGCUAUCCACUUGAGUUUUCCCACGUUCGACCUUGUGUAGCCUCGACUACCCGCUCUCAUCUUGUGAUGCCCCCUUGGCCGAGCAUCAUUGAGUCGAUGGAGAUCCCCAGGAGAAGGGCUAUUUCGCCCAGAGACGAUCGUGAAACGGUUUACGUUGACAAAUACAUAGGAUGUCUACUCGGCGGACUCGUUGGUGACUGCAUGGGCGCACCGUUUGAUUCGAAUUUCGAUCAUCCAGAGGGAGAUGAUUCCUUUGACAAGGAUGUACACACGUUCCUCCACAACAUACGAACAAAUUCAGUGCUCCCUGGACCGUCGGCUGGAAGGAAUCAUCGUGCAUCGAAAGGCUGUCCCCGAGGCCAGUACUGUUACACAGACGUCACAGCCACAACGAUGGAAUUGGCCAAAAGUCUCCUUUGCAAAGGGAGAUUCGAUGCACGCGAUGUCGCCACUAGGCUAACCGAGCAGUACUUCGGGAACGAGCAGCUGGACAAAGAGUACGGGGACGCCGUUCGCGAUAUUUUCCGAAAAUGGAAGCAAAAUCGAUACCAGGACAUCUACGGGCCCGCGAACGAGCAAUUCGGUGGAAUGGGCAGCUUUGGAAGCGGUGCGGCGAUGCGAGCGGCUCCCGUUGCCAUCCUCUACAAGGACGACCUCGACCGAAUGAUAGAGACAACGAUUCUCCAAGCGAAGAUGACUCACGCGCAUCCCACAGGCAUUUGUGCGGCGGUCCUCUUCAAUUUGGCUGUCUGGCACGCAUUGCACGCCGAGCCCGACGUGCCUUUGAAUGGAACAACUCUAUUAGAUACCUUAAUCGGAAAAAUGGAAGCCAUAGAAGAGGAAUUGGACGGCUUCAGACCCCUCACGUACAAAUUACAUGCCGCCCGUAAAUUGCUGUUGGAUUCCGAUCCUCUAAACCCCUCCACGAUACCGAAAGUUCUCGGCAAUGACAUGACGGCGCAGGGUUCGGUGGUGACGUCCAUAAUGUGUUACAUUUUGGGUGAGCAGUUCGGGAAAGACAUCCAAGUCAUUAAGAAGACGGACAACGCUUUCGUACGGACAUUGGAACUAGCCCUCUUAUGCGGAGGUGACGCCGAUACUCUGGCUGCAAUGGCGUGCUCAUUGUCGGGAGCAAAACGCGGCUCGAAAGCGAUUCCCGCGGUGAUUCUCCGCCAGUGCCAGUCAGCGGGAACAAUCACGAAGAUCGCUGAGGCUUUCGCCGCGGACUCGAAUUUCAAAUUGGACUUGUAGUCAUGUGUGAGAUCUCCUUCCAAUGCUCCAUGUAAAUAAACUGUGCAUUGUCAAGCCCUA